AUGAUCCCACCAACUACCUUCACCUGCUUCCCCGAUCUCGCACCAGAGCUCCAAGUCAUGAUCAUCAAUCACGCGCUAGAAGAAGACAUGGCACAGCGGAAAAACAAACUGGUAUUGCACCUUCACUCAAAUGACCCACGCCGAGUUAACCACACCGGUAACCCACCCACUUCCAUCGCUCCUUGCUCUAUACAAUUACCCAGGCUGCCCGCCCUCUAUUACACCGACCGUCUAUUCCGCGGCGAAGCACUCCGAACACAGCCUUUGCAGCAGCUUUUCAUGGGUGACGAACCCACGACACCCGACACCCUCGGCGCAUUACUUAUCUUUGAUGCAGAUCGCGACACGGUGGUAAUCGAGAUAAGCAAAUGCUGCUUGAAAAAUCCCUACAACAUGUGGCGACUCUUCGCUAUAAUGGAACCCUUAUACCAGCCCUCCGUCACGCGCGUGAUCGACAUAGUCGUGCAACCAAUUGCGCUCCCGCUGGGUGUAUACCGCAAAUUUCUGGCUGACGCAUCGAGGGUUAGGAGACAUGCUGGCUUCUUGUUAGUCACAGAUAAAGUAGAGGUUGGUACAUGGCAUUUGUUUCUUUAUCCACGAUCCUCGAGUCCGGGAUGA